AUGGCGUUCUCAGGCCAAUUGAAGGGCAUCUUUGGCAGCGGGCCCCAGCGGGUAGCGCCACCGCGCGUCUCGACCGACGAAGUCCUCCCGGUACACUUCUUUGACGACUCGGCCACGAACCGCACGCUCAUCAUCUCCUGGACUCUUCGCUUCAACGAGGUCCUAGAUGCGGAUAAGUUGAACAACUCGCUCCAGAAGCUGCUUUCCAUUGGUGGAUGGAGGCGACUUGGCGGCCGCUUGAGGGAAACAAAAGAUGGCAAGCUCGAGAUCCAUAUCCCCCAGGAGUUCACCCCGGAACGCCCUGCGGUAGGGUAUUCUCAUGAGACAUUCGGCAUCUCGAUUGCCGAACACCCUCUCGCGUCCCGCCUCCCGCAGGCGAGCGACCGCCCAUAUGUCCACGACUUUGGUGACGAGUUCAUGAACUUGGCUGUGCGACAGGACACACCACGCGUCUUCGAAGACUACACCUGCACCGACAACCCACAGCUGGCGCUUCAUGUUAUCUCCUUCAUGGACGCGACACUCGUGUCGCUGGCAUGGCCGCACAUUACGACUGACGCCAUGGGCCUCCAUGCGCUCGUUACCAAUUGGUGUAAGGUGCUCGCCGGACGUGAAGGUGAGGUAACGCCACUUGGGGGCUUGCAAAACGACCCGCUCGAGACGGUCGGCACAGGAUCCGUACCUGAACAAGAAGAGCGUUGGAUGUACAAAGACCAGGCAAUUGCUGGCAUAAGCAUGCUUAUUUGGGUGCUGCGCUUCGUGUGGGAAAUUAUAUGGGUUCGAAAGCAAGAACCGCGGAUCAUCUUCCUACCAGCUGCCUCCGUCAAGGGACUGCGUGAACGUGCGAUUAACGAACUAGCUGCGGAGGCAAAGAAUGCAGACGAGAAGCCGUUCCUCAGCGAGGGUGACGUGCUCACUGCUUGGGCAACACGCAUGGCUUGCCUGCACCUAUCACCCAGCUCCAAACAGGGUGUAAGCGUAAUGAAUGUGUUUGAAGUGCGGUCUCGGCUGCCCAGCAUCUUCAAGGCAGGCGCCGUUUAUAUUGGCAACUUUGUCUUCCCGAGCUGGACGCUGUUUACCGCCGGCGAGCUCCUGACACAGCCUCUUGGAAAGCUCGCGCUGAAGCUGCGAACGAAUCUCGCAGCGCAGAUCACCGAGGGACAAGUUCGAGGGAUGCUGCGCACAAUGCGCGAAACAAUGGCUUCGGCGGGGCGACCGGCCCUUGUUCUUCAACCCAGGAGCAUCAUGAUGACUUUCAGCAGUUGGACAAAGGCCAAGUUCUUUGAUGUGGUUGAUUUCAGUCCGGCGAUCAUCAAGGGCGGGAAGCCUGGACUCGUCGUCCCCAAACCGGGCCACCCAGUAUAUUAUCACUCUGCUCCCGUCACCCCCCCGCCGACAAUGCGCAAUGUGUACAACAUCUCAGGGAAAGACGCGGCAGGCAACUACUGGAUUACUGGAGUGCUCCUGCCGCAAAUUUGGCCGAAGAUUGAGGAGGAGCUCAAGAGGAUGCAGUAA